UAACCCUAUGCGAACGCUUGAGAACUCGCUCAGAGAAGCGAGAUAGUAGAAAGAGAGAAAGGGGAAUUUAGGAGAUAUUCAGAAUUGUACCGAGUAGGAGAAAUAUACUACGAUCAGAAGUUUUGUGACAACCAACCGAACAAGACGUAUUUUAUUCAAAGUCUGUAAGAACAGAAGUCUUUGUCCUCCCACUUUACUAGAUUGUUCAGUGGCGUACGAGGAUAGAUUUUUUUUAAAGUAAAGUAAAAUUUUCUAAAAGUUUUAAGUUUCGCGAGUGAAAGCGUGCAAUUUCGUGAUUUUCUUGGUGAUUUGGUAGGACCACCAAAUUCACAUUUUUUUCCAAGGAGACUCGGCGUAAGUAACCAUUUUUAUCCCUUGUGAAGUGACAAAAGAAUUUUUCUUCUCACCCAUUUUUCGCGCGGUCAGGCAUUGUUCUGAGAUUUUAUUUUAUGUGACAUCUUUUGCGCCAGAACAAUAACCGCUUUGUUUCUUUUGUGGUGAAGAAAGUCUAAGAAGGUGACAUUUUUACGAUUUGUAAAGCAUAUAGAGAAAGCUUUUGAGAACCAUUGUGUGAAACGCCAUUUUGAAGAAAACUUGAGAAACAUUAUUGGAAUUUUAUCGACGAUCAUUUUCUUUCAUACACACAUUUUUGGUUUUCCACAUUUCACAGCGUUUUUGCGAGGAUUCCACAACCAAUACCAGCAUAAAAUUUCUCAGUGUGAACCGUUUGCCGAAAGUACAUCAGUGACCGGGAACGCAAAAAGGGAAAAAGUGACGGAUUUGACAGUUCGACAACGCGAGUGUGCGUGCGUACGGCGAUCAACGAGCUCGACCAUCGAUUUCACCACUACCGACAACCCGAGUAUCGGAGCCAGUCGGUCGGCGAUUGUUUACCGUGGAGUCGAGAAAAAGUGCAUCGAAAAGUGCAUCUGAGGAGGUCAACGAACCGUAUCGAGCGAGUGUGCGGCCGUCGGUUAGCUGAUUGUGUUGUGUGCCGGUUGAGAACGAGUGAUUUUGUGCAUCGGGGUUGUGGAGUUGCUGCUGCUGCCGCAUUGCAUCGAGUGCAUCGAAGGAAACCUGUUUAUUUACAACGAGUGGCUGCUGCUGAGAGGAUUUUUAAGAAAAGUGCAUCGGUGGAGAAAAUUUCAAACGGAUUUUGUUGCUGUGUGCUGCUUUGGUGCCGAUUUUGGAUUUUUUGGUGUGCAACCGCAUUUGGUGUGCAUUUUUUGGAUCGUCUGGUGCUUUGUUGAAACAGGUACGUGGUUUUGUUUUUGUUUUGAUUUUUUUUGCGAGGAUUUGUUUUAUAUUUUUGAUUUUUAUUGAUUUUGUGUUUUGUUUGGGUCCAAUUUUAAUUUUGAUUUUGUGUUAAAAUUUUGUGCGUUUCUUUGGAAAGGAUGACUUUGACAUCGAUUGCUGAUCCUUUCGUCCCUUACUCUAUGCCAUUCAGCCAGUACCAAGAACAGCUGGAAUGGAUUUUCAAGCACAACGAAUUUCCGGAAGAGCGUUAUAAAACGUCAUUCCUGGCAGUCUGUGGAAAGGAAAUUUUCACAGAACUGAAAAGACUGUUUCCAGGAAAGAAUUUUAAUGAUCUAACGUACAAACAAAUGACUGAUGAACUGAAAAAGCGUUACGAUAAGAACGAUUCAGCUGUUGUGCAUAGUUAUAAAUUUUGGACUAAAAGGCAAGGUAGGAAUGAGUCGCUAGAGGAUUUUGUGAUUACAGUCAAGAAUUUGGCUGAAAGAUGCGAUUUUGGAGAGUUUAAGGAUAGGGCGAUUCGUGACAUGCUUGUCAUUGGCGUGAACGACACUCAAUUACAGAAACGGUUGUGCGAUGAAGAGGAUUUGUCUGCAGCCAAAGCAGAGCGGUUGAUUCUUAAUUCAGAGAUAUCAGCCAGUAGGACGAAACAAUUAAACCACGACGAUGACAGGCGCGUUAGCGUAGUGGCCAGAUUGGGUAACCGAUCUGACGUUUCGCGGUCCAGAAACCGAUUCCGGGGCCGCAGCCGCAGUUUUGAUAGAAACCGAUCUUUUUCGUCUAGGAGUAGAAGCAACGGUAGACAAGACAGUAGAUACCAAAGCAAAAGAGGCGCAAGCUCAGGUAAACCUGUUUACCUUUGUUCCUUUUGUAGAAAAACCGGACAUACGAGGAAAUUUUGUUAUCGUUUGCAUGGAAAAAGCCCGAGUAAGAGUAAAGCCAGUGUAAAAUUCAUAGAUUCUCCAAAACCAUCUUCCAGUUCCAAAAACUCAGGACUAUUUAAGCGACUGAAGAAAGAUUUAGACAAUGAUUCAGACUAUUCUGAUGGCAUGCCUUGCCUCAUGAUCUCGUCAGUCAACAAAAUCAGUGAUCCUUGCUAUGUGGAGGUUUUAAUCAACAGAAAGCGUUUAACCAUGGAGAUCGAUUGUGGGUCAGCGGAGAGCGUAAUUUCAGAGGAGCUGUAUUUGAGAAAUUUUGCGAGCUGUGAACUGCAGCGUUGUAACAAGAAACUUAUUGUAAUUGACGGUAACAAACUGAAGGUUGUUGGAAAAAUUUGCGUUGAUGUACAGCUCGCUGGAAACCGGAAACAACUGACCAUGGUUGUUUUACGCUGCAAUAACGAUUUCAUCCCGCUGGUAGGCCGAACAUGGUUGGACGAAUUCUAUUCCGGAUGGCGAAACACUUUUACCAACCCUCCUUUGACAGUCGGGAACAUUGACGUGGCUGACGAGCAAACAGUUAUUGAUGAAGUAAAGAAUUUCUCUUGGGGGAAGGAUAGUGUUGGCGCAUAAGCGUCAGCUUAAACUAUCUUUUAACUCUCGUCGUAAGGGAACCCUAAUUUUCCCACAUGAGAGUGAGGCAAUCCUUAUGCCUGAUCCAGCACCCAUUUUGUCACCAGAAAGAAAUCCAGAAGCAGCACCAGUUUCGUCAUCUAUAGAAGCACCAUUUUUGUCGUCGUCAUCGAAUGUUUUGUCACCGACUUUAAGAAGAAAUAGUAGUGAAUUACAAAGAAGAAGUAAGAGGAGACGGGAAGAAGAAGAUCCCGAAUCCGACGAGCAAUCUACUCAAGAUUUCGAAUUUUAUGGCUAUCCAGCCGAUUCUUUCAUUUUCUCAAGCUUAGAAACUCAAGAAGAUUUACAGCAUGAAGAAGAACAAGAUCCACUCCCAGUGGUUCCGAUUAGGCGUUCUAAAAGAAGAAAUAAGAAAAGAAGGAAAAGUGAUUUUGUCUACUAUUCGUAGAAUCGAACUAAUUAGUGAAUUUUCAAAUUGUAUAAAUGUAUAGUUCUGUUGUAUAUAGUUAAGCAUAAAUAUUGUGCAUUCGAGUAAUGAAGUUUUAGAUAAAUGAAUUUGUGUUGUAAAUAUUUUGAAAUUUAAUGAAUUAGUUUUUUACUAAAGGAUGGAGGAGUUGUGGUAACCCUAUGCGAACGCUUGAGAACUCGCUCAGAGAAGCGAGAUAGUAGAAAGAGAGAAAGGGGAAUUUAGGAGAUAUUCAGAAUUGUACCGAGUAGGAGAAAUAUACUACGAUCAGAAGUUUUGUGACAACCAACCGAACAAGACGUAUUUUAUUCAAAGUCUGUAAGAACAGAAGUCUUUGUCCUCCCACUUUACUAGAUUGUUCACU